CUUCAGAUUUGAUGGAUCAAAUCACUUCUCCUGCAAAAAAGGGUAAUCUGUUGAAAGCAACUUUUGUGAGAUGCUACAUAUGUGGAAAAAGAAAACAGGCAAUAACAUGGCUAAAUCCUUGCAUUGAUGCUACAAUUGGAACUGAGGAGCUAGGUCACCACUUACAGGUCAUCUGGUUGUUGGGGGCAUCUCUCCUCCAGUUGGUCUCAUACCCAAGCGAGCAGAGCAUGCAGUGGUUGUUGGAGUUGAUGGGGCAUGCAAAGAAUGUGGCAUAUGAAAAGGUAACAGAUGUGAAAGUUACCAACCACAGGAUGGCAACGCAAUUCAUGAUGUACGCAUUUACGACUGCGGUUGUGGUAUGGAGUACAAAAGAGCUUGUCUUAUCAACUGGAUUCACAUCCUGCCUGAGGGGGUUGGCAUCUUCAUAUGAGAGAGACGCUGCUUCGAGUUUGUCAUCUGUUCCUUCGACAAGCGCACCUGUCCACAUGUUUAUUGGAAAUGAAAAGUAUAAAGAACUGAUACUCUCACAAAUGAGCGUUCAUUUACCCUUAGCAAUCUGCAGUCUACUUUCAAAGCAACCAUGGGCUGAACUCACUGAAAAGGUUCUUGAUUGGUUAAUUGUAAUGUACGAAGCACCCAUAGGUAAUAUGACAGAUACCUGCAGAAAUAUGUUAAAAGAGUCCAUGUAUGCACUGAGACACUUCCCCGAGGCCAGAAAGAUAUCGUACUGGACACGUUUGUAUAAAACCUGACUCUGAAUCGAGGGAAUAUAUAUAACUGACAUAGAAGGAGGGGAAUCUCUCUUGGGUAUCUACACAAGGAUGUCACCGUAAAUAAAUUGAACUACAAAGAUGAACUAUAUUGGGCAGAUAAUUAAGGAUGAACUUACUAACAUCAUUCUGUUGUAUAGUCGCAGUGUAUGGCAAAGCUAUGUGCAUAUGAAGUUUUGUUGUUGUUGCUGUAUAUUCCAAUGUGGUACCCUCACAUAUAUCAAAGAUGAUUGAUAUAAGAUUAUCAUAUUAUGAUUGAAAUCGGAAUUUACAAAACUUACAUCUAAAGAAGCAAUCA